AGCUUCUGAUUCGCUUGACCCCCCCCCACAUGUGAACUUUACUCUACUGCGCGACCUAGCGCUGACACCUAUGGAGCUCAAACAAACGUGAUGGGGUAUAUAAAAGAGCCAAUGGAAUGCGGGAAUGCGUUAUACAUGACGGACAGACACUACGUUUGGCCAAUGAUAACACUCGAAAGAAAGGACACGGGGCGGAGAUUGUUUGUUGUCCUCUGUGCUGAAGGAGAGGCGGUAACAGGUCCAUGUGGAGAACUUGGAGGUGAAGCCAUGCAGCUUUAUCUGUCCCGCCUUCUCCUGAUCGUGACAAGGACUGCCUUGCGGGUGACUGGAGUCUUGUUCUGGGUCCUGGUAUAUUUCGCAGCGCUGCUGGCAGCUGUCUCCUAUCUGCCUGAUGCCUUACGGCUACUGACUCGGGGCCCACUUAGCGCAUUUUGCUGGGGACCCCGCCAGGCUGCUCCUCCAUGUCUGACAAACAACGUUCAUGGGCAGCACGGAUACAUCAGGAUAAAGGAUUCUGGAAUUCGCUUCCAUUAUGUUGCUUCAGGAGAUAAGAGGAACCCCUUAAUGUUGCUCCUUCAUGGCUUCCCUGAGAACUGGUACUCUUGGAGGUACCAGCUGGAUGAGUUCUCUAAUGCAUAUCGGACAGUCGCCAUAGACCUCAGGGGAUUUGGAGGAUCCGACGCCCCCUCCAGGCUGGAAGAUUACAAAAUGGAGAUCCUACUUCAAGACUUAAAGGAACUUAUCAGAGGACUUGGUUACUCAUGCUGCGUGCUGGUUGGCCACGACUGGGGAGGCACUUUAGCUUGGACUUUUGCUGUUCGACACCGUGAUAUGGUCACCCACCUCAUCGUCAUGAAUGCACCUCAUCCUUCGGCUUUCCAUGAUUAUGUGCUCUCUCAUCCUUCUCAGCUGUUCUCCUCCCGUUAUGUCUUCCUCUUCCAGCUCCCCAUAAUUCCUGAAAUCCUUCUCUCUUUGCGAGAUUUUGAGCACAUAAGGAAACCAAUGACGGAUGCCACUCUUGGGAUACAGAAUGUGGAGUGCAAGCUGAGUAAUGAAGAGAUAGAGUCCUAUGUAUACUACCCAUCCCAGAAAGGAGCCCUGACACCUCCACUUAACUACUACAGGAACCUUUUUGGAUUUUUCCCGUUGAAGGCCCAGGAUGUCCUUGUUCCAACUCUGCUUCUAUGGGGGGAACACGACGCAUUUCUGGAGGCUGCAAUGGUGCCAGAGAUGCAGCAGUAUGUCCAUGCACCGUUCAGAGCAGAAAUCAUAGCCAACGCCAGCCAUUGGCUGCAACAGGACAGACCACAGGAAGUCAACAGGAUCAUCAGGGACUUCCUGAAUGAAGAUUUCCUUUUGCAUAGGAACUGACACUCUAAUGGGCAUAUGAAUACUAUGGGGCAGAUUAAUCAAGGGUCAAAUUCAAAAUUCAAAUUUUGGAGUUUUUUAUGGUCAAAACUGUCAUUAGAGACCAGGCAGUUAUUCAAAUUCGAUUCGAGUUUUUUUAAAAAAAAUCGAAUUCGAUCUUUGAGAUUUAUCAUACUCUGGCCCUAUAAGAAUUCAAAUUCAACGAUUCACCACCUCCUAAAACUAAAGACUAAUUGCUGUUUAAAUCAAUGGGAGACAUCCAGGGAUCAAUUUGGAGUUGUUUGUAGCCUUCCUGAAUCGAGUUUUUGAAAUUUGAAUCAAAUUUGAUUCAAGGUUGCAGGUCGAUUCUAUUCACCCGACUUUAAAAAAUUAGAUUUUAUUGAUAAAUUUCGAGUUUAUGGGAGUUUUUAAAAAGCUCAAAUGAAUUUGAAAUUUGACUCUUGAUAAAUGUGCCUCCCUGUAUGGGUUCAGCUAUGCUGGGACCUGAUUGUGCUUGUGUGAUUUAUUUAUUUAUUUAAGCCUGGAGCUGAUGGUGAUUGGUGUGAAUAUUUAAAUACAUCAGCCUGGAGCUGACUUGCUUAUUAUAAUUAUGCACGUCAAACUCACAAAUAAUGCAACCAAUGAGAUUCUAAGGGGUUUUGCAGUUUUUCUGGGUUUUUUUUAGAUAAUUUUUGUUUGUUUGGCAGCUUUCCAAUUUGCCGUUUUAAACUGCUAUCCUGUUGCUAGGCUAACUGACCUAGCAACAAGGCCUUUGCUAGAGCAUUAUAAUGAAGUUUUGAUCAUAGCUCUCUGACUGAAGCAAAUAAAAAGGGGAAUGCUAAGGAGUGGGGUGGCGAGGAAAAAUAUGGCUCCACCCACUUAAGUCCACACCCACUUUUUAAAGAUUUUAACAUGUUAUUUAUAAAAAAAUGACAUGUUUCUCCUAAUAAUAUAAUGAUGCGCAAGCUAGGGGUCUCAAGUGUGACCCCCCAUGCACAUAGCUGCCUGCAUUUAUGAGAAAAAGUGCAGGUCCUUGAGAACAAUAACCAGGAUCUCUGAAUUCAUAAUGCUGUACAGGAGAGGGCAGGAAUUUAAAUAACAGUAAAACAAUCUAGCCUUCCUUACUGAUCUGGGGAAGAUUCCUAGCAAUUUCUAGCUCAGUGGGCAGUUGAUGCACCAGCAGGCAGGAAUUGCACCCAAUUUAUUAAUAGUCAGGUGCAGGCAAAUCCCAUAAUAAUGAGUGGGGUGGGAUUCUGAUCUUCAUGUUGACCACCUGCCAAGCUUAAAAUCACUUCAAAAUCUUCAGAACUGCCAGUUUCAUGUAUUCCUAACACCUUUGAAGGAAACCAACAGAGCUUGCACUUAACUGCCCUGUAGGCUAUGAAGGCUGCCUAACUGAAAUUCAUUGGGAGUACUGCACACGCUGUUCUGAAACAUAUUUGUUUAUAUGGGGAUAAAUGUAGUUUCUUGUUUUGUUUUAUCUGCGUGGGGGGAGUUGUAAAAGCCAGGGGUUGUAGGACAACUGCCAGAUCUUAUUUUUGUAUAUAUGUGUUAAUAUAAUAUCCAGACUGAUUAAAUGAUGCCUUAAUUCA